AUGGGCUGUACUCCUUGGAACAAUGCUGUCGGCCGGAUCACUUCGUGCGCAAGAAGUCCGCACCUUCUCCGGCUCCAGUCUCGCGCACUCAAAGUGUUUUGCGCGAUCGAUGGCACCAGAAAGGCUUUCCCUGUGGAUAUCAACGACAACGAUACAGGUUCAGAUCUCCAGGAAAGGAUCAAACUGAAUCAACCUAUCCGCCUCAGUAUGCUGGAGGCCAGCGACCUCAAUCUGUACAAAGCCCCAAAGGGAGGAGGCAUCACCGAGCCAGGCGUCACUGUCGGAGCGAAAGACGAGAUUAACGCCAUUAGCUCUCUGCGUGGCAUGUUUGCGGAAACGAACACGGUUCAAGUGAUUGUCCGACCUCCAAGUUUCGUGCGCGGACCGCUGAAUACACUGCGUCAACGUCCGGAACUCUGUUACUUUGACAAAACCGCCUUCAUCUUGGCUCUCGAGUCCUUCGACGAGCCAGCUCUUGUCUUCCUUCGUCCCCGCAGGUCGGGAAAGUCGCUCGGAUUGAGUACAUUGGCACACUUCCAUGGCCGUGAACACCUUCCAGACUAUAAACCCCUCUUUGAAGGCCUUGCCAUCGACGAGCAUGUGAAAAAGGAGCGUCUGAAUCCAGGGCGCUACUUUGUCCUGUGGUUUGAUUUCUCUGCAGUCAAUCGAUCUCAGGACCUAAAGAAAGCCGAGCACAACUUGAACCUGAUGCUGAACGAGUCGAUCAAGCGGUUCUACAAGACCUAUGAACCAUAUCUCCAAAUGUCAGCCGAUUAUCUCAUUGAGAACUUUAUCAAGGACAAUGCCGCAUUGAGCCUGAAUGCUUGCGUGAACGCCGUGCAUAGAGUUAUCUCCGGUGUCAAGUCUCCCGAGGACCCCCUCUCAAAGAUCAAGGGAAUUUACCUCAUGGCGGACGAAUAUGACAGCUACAGCAAUGAGUACCUUGUCCCCAUCGACAGUGUUCAGUGGAAACCGCCACGACGGGCCGACACGGACAGCCUGCUGAAGGCAUUCUGGGCGUCUGUGAAGAGCGGACUGGGCAAGCUCAAGAUUGCCAAAUGCUAUAUUACAGGUGUCUCGCCGCAAUCUUUGGUGGACAACACGUCUGGAUUCAACGUGGCUCGAUAUGUAUCCUGGGAACCAGAGCUCGCGAGUUUUUGUGGUUUGACGGAAGCGGAUGUCACUGCUGCGCUGGCUCUGAAGAAUGUCUGCGAGUCCACCGCCGAAGCAGAGAAGCAUUUGAAGAUCAUGAGGGAUCAUUACAACGGCUUCAAUUUCGUUCCUGGCGGACAAGGGCCUUUGACAUAUAACACAAACACAUGCCUCAAGUACUUGGAGCGCCUCGCAGUGAAGAAGCCGAUGGAGAAUCCUCUCUCAGUCACCAACUCUGAGGCCUCGGAAGUGUCACUGCGGUUACUUGCGGCAUCGCCAGUGGCGACGCGAUUGUCAGAGGACGGACUCUUCAGCGGAAGCGAGCAAGGCAAGAAUGUGGAAGACAGAGUGAUCCCUUUUGACAAUAUCGGGCAACCAUUUACUCUCGCAAGCCUGAUUGCCAAAAGCAAGGAGGCGUGGUUGUCGUACAUGGUGCACCUUGGCGGACUGACGUUUUGUGUCGGCAAGAAAGCACUACGAAUUCCAAACUUGGUGACUGCAGAGCGAUUUGGGAGCGCUAUUCUGCACAGGCAUCAAGCAACCCUGGAGGAUGUGAAUGGCGCGUUUAGGCUACUAAUCGACAACGGAAACAUCGACAAAAUCCUCGGACUAUACGCCCGCGGAAUGCAGGAACACGAUAUCGGAGCUCAUGAUUUUCAAAAGGAGGAGGAUCACUGUAACUCGAUGCGUUUUACCCUACUGGCUAAUAUCCACCCGUCCCUUCAGAAAGUUGGUGUUGAGACGACCAUUACCAAGCCCUCGGGAACGCCAGGCCGAAUUGGCAUGUUAGUAUCCGUUCCGUUGCGAAAGCGGCUGUUUGUUCUCGAAUGGAAGUCCAUCCAAAUCGACUACAUCAAUAUUGGAUCUGGAACACGAUUGGAAAGGGCCAAUGUUCUCGCGGAGAUUCCCGAUGCCAAUAGGGUCUUGGGCCUGAAGUUCAGGGGAGACAAAUUUCGAACUGGUCAGACUAUCAAGGAAUGGAUUUUGGAUGGACCGAAAGUUGGCAAGGGGUGUUCCCCUGAGCAACAGCUUCGGGGAUACGCGCAGAGCCCAGAAAUCAAGAGGUGGAAAAAGGACGGCUAUACGAUCACGCCAGCUCUUGUUGUCGUAGUUGGAUCUCGCCACGUUCUUUUGUGGAAUCUUGAUGGCGAUAGACUCGAUUCGUCUCCGCGACUCACGCUCGAGUGA